AUGGACGUAUCUUCUGCAAUGGAGGAGGAAGAGGUGGAUCGGAUUUGGACUAAAAGAUUUUGUGUGCAGUCGGAGGCAAAGGAGAUCCUGUACGCCAAAGAUCAGUGGUCAGUAGGUACGGCACCAUGUCUACAAAAUGAUAAGCCCGAGGUUGAGGCCAGCCCCAAGUUACGUGAGGCCAGCCCUAAGUUACGUGAGGCCAGCCCCAAGUUACGUGAGGCCAACCCCAAGUUAUGUGAGGCCAGACUCAAGUUACGUGAGGCCAGCCCCAAUUUACGUGAGGCCAGCCCCAAGUUGCGUGAGGCCAGCCCCAAGUUACGUGAGACCAGCCCCAAGUUAUUUGAGACCAGCCCUAAGUUGUGUGACGCCAGCCCCACGUUACGCCCUAAGUUACGUGAGGCCAGCCCCAAGUUACGUGAGGCCAACCCCAAGUUACGUGAGGCCAGACUCAAGUUACGUGAGGCCAGCCCCAAUUUACGUGAGGCCAGCCCCAAGUUGCGUGAGGCCAGCCCCAAGUUACGUGAGACCAGCCCCAAGUUAUUUGAGACCAGCCCUAAGUUGUGUGAGGCCAGCCCCAAGUUACGUGAGACCAGCCUCAAGUUGAGGCUCAAGUUACGUGACGCCAGCCCCAAGUUACGUGAGGCCAGCCCCAAGGUACGUGAGGCCAGCCCCAAGCUACGCGAGGCCAGCCCCACGUUAAGUGAGGCCAGCCCCACGUUAAGUGAGGCCAGCCCCACGUUGUGUGAGGCCCGCCCCAAGUUACGUGAGGCCAGCCCCAAGUUACGUGAGGCCAGCCCCAAGUUACGUGAGGCCAGCCCCACGUUAAGUGAGGCCAGCCCCACGUUACGUGGGGCCAGCCCCAAGUUACGUGAGGCCAGCCCCAAGUUUAGUGAGGCCAGCCCCAAAUUACGUGAGGCCAGCCCCAAGUUACGUGAGGCCAGCCCCAACUUAUGUGAGGCCAGCCCCACGUUUAGUGAGGCUAGCCCCACGUUACGUGAGGCCAGCCCCAAGUUACGUGAGGCCAACCCCAAGUUACGUGAGGCCAACCCCAAGUUACGUGAGGCCAGCCCCAAGUUACGUGAGGCCAGCCCCAAGUUACGUGAGGCCAGCCCCAACUUAUGUGAGGCCAGCCCCACGUUAAGUGAGGCCAGCCCCAAGUUACGUGAGGCCAGCCCCAAGUUAUGUGCGGCCAGCCCCACGUUACGUGAGGCCAGCCCCAAAUUACGUGAGGCCAGCCCCCAAGUUACGACCAAUGUCCCUGAUCUUUAUCAGCAAGGGAAGAAUACAUGGAUCUUGAGACUUGUUUCUGUGGAAGAUGUCACUGAGAACACUGAUGUUUCUGUGAAAGAUGUCACUGAGGACACUGAUGUUUCUGUGAAAAAUGUCAUUGAGGACACUCCUGUUUCUGUCAGAUUUGAGUUUCUUUCGUUACGUGACGAAGGAACAUCGCAAAUAUAUAAUGAGAAAGCUUGA